AUGAGAAAACUCAAUGAAAUUUACCGUUACAAAACAGAGGAGUACUCAUAUGAUGCAGUUAACAAGUUCAAUAUCUACCCGGAUCAGAUUCCUCCCUGGCUGGUGGAAUGGAUGCCCAGUAAAGGAAGCUAUUUAAUCGGGAACUUGCAACCAGCACAUAUGGACUUUCGUUUCUUUUCUCUUGGAAACCUGUGGUAUAUUGUAAGCAGUCUUGCGACAACGGGUCAGUCACAUGCCAUGUGGGAUCUUAUUGAAGCGAAAUGGUCAGAACUAGUGGCAAAUAUGCCGUUCAAGAUUUGUUAUCCUGCAUUUGAAGGUCAGGAAUGGCGAAUCACCACAGGCAGUGAUCCCAAGAACACUCCUUGGUCAUACCAUAAUGGAGGCUCGUGGCCAACUUUGCUCUAG